UUGAGUUGCUGCCUAGAGGCUCAACUCAAGAUGGUGCGCGGCCCUAAGAAGCACCUCAAGCGCCUCAAUGCGCCCUACCACUGGAUGCUGGACAAGCUGAGCGGCAUCUUCGCUCCCAAGCCGUCCGCUGGUCCCCACAAGCAGCGCGAGUGCCUGCCUCUGCUGCUCAUUCUGAGGAACCGCCUCAAGUAUGCCCUGACCGGCAAGGAGGUGCAGUCCAUCCUGAUGCAGCGCCUGGUGAAGGUGGACGGCAAGGUCCGCACCGACCACACCUACCCCACCGGCUUCAUGGACGUCAUCAGCAUGGAGAAGACCGACGAGAACUUCCGCCUGGUGCUGGACACCAAGGGCCGCUUCGUCGUGCACCGCAUCAGCAAGGAGGAGGCUGCCUACAAGCUGUGCAGGGUCCGCAAGGUCGAGUUCGGCAAGGGCGGUGUUCCGUACGUGAUCACUCACGACGGCCGCACCAUCCGCUACCCGGACCCGGAGAUCAAGGCCAACGACUCGAUCAUGCUGGACAUUGAGACCGGCAAGAUCAAGGAGUUCGUGAAGAACGACGUGGGUGCCCUGGUCAUGGUCACCGGCGGCCACAACGCCGGCCGCGUGGGCAAGAUCGUGCACAAGGAGAAGCACAAGGGCUCGUUCGAGAUCGUGCACAUCGAGGAUGCCGCCGGCAACCGCUUCGCCACCCGCCUGACCAACAUCUUCGUGAUUGGCAAGGAGGGCAAGCCGCUCAUCUCGCUGCCCAAGGGCAAGGGCAUCCGCCUGACCAUUAUCCAGGAGCAGAAGAAGCGGUACGAGGCCGGCCAGGCGUAAGGCGGCCGCCGCCAGCUGCGCAGCCGAGGAAGCGAAGCGCCCGCGGCGGCGGCGGCAGCAGCAGCAACUGCCAUCGCCGCCGCCGCGGCGCCCGUGGAGGCGCUGGCUGAGGCGCCGCGGUGCGCCGGGGCGGACCGCGUCUCGGCGCCGUUGGUGCGUUUGGCGCGGUCCUGACCCCGUCGUCGGCGCCUGCCGUCUUGCCGAAGCCGUGUGGUGUGGCUGCCAUCGGCCGCUUCCGGGGGUGGCGGCCAGUCGGGCGCGCGGCGGUCGCCCCAUUCCGGGAGGGGGCCCGGCCGCUGGUGGCGCCGCGCGGCGGGGGGCUCGACGGUGGUGGAAGAGAACAGUAGGGGAGUCUAAAUGUCUGGCCCGGGCAGCCGGGUCGAGACGCGGUGACCGCACGCCCGUGUAACCGCGCAAUAUG